AUGCAGAGCAAUAACGAAAAUCAUUUUGCUGUUGGUGACUUCAAGGCUUUUUCGUUUGACAAGGAAGUUGGUUUUUGUUUUUUUCCUGUAUUUUCUGUUUUCUUUGUUUCUGAAGGGUAUGUCGUUUUUAGGAAGAUGAUGAGAAUUUUUUCUAAGGUUUGGAUGUUGUUAUUUGGUUUUGUGUAUACAAUGAUGGAAAAAAUGAUGAACUUGUUAUUGGAUGAUGUUGAUGCUGGUUGUAAAAGAAAAUUGUUUUGCUCUUUCUUUUUUUUGAUGGACCAAAUCGAUCUACACUUUUGUUAUGUUACUGUUUCCCUUAUAUUCAUCUGA